AUGAACGUCACGCCGGCGCUCGCGAAGGAGAUCGUCCGGCGGUACCGGAAGCGCACCGGCGGUGCCCCGACGUCGACCGUCACGGCGGAGUUGGCCGCUUUCGCGGUGCGGCUCUCGCUGCUGGACUCGCCGAAGGUGGACGAGAGGGGCAACGUCGCGGAGACCCCGGAGGCGAUCGAGGAGAUGGCGGAGGAGAUCGCCAAGUACUUCACCACGUGCUCGACGCACGUGAUGGCGACGCUCUCCCUGCAGUGCCAGACGGCGGGGCUGCGCGCGAGCUUCAUAAACAAAAGCCGUAACGAGCAGGUGAAACAGGAGGCCGUCACACUGCGACUGCUCAGCUCUCUGUGCGAGAACUCAGUGCGGCUGCCAGAGGAGAUGCUGAGCGAGAUCACAUUCUUCAUCCUGCACCGCUACCGGCAGCUGCGCGGCGGCGGCGACGGCAACGUGGCAGCACGGAAGGAGACUGUCUCCGUGCUCAACGCCGUGCUGCCGCGGGCGCAGGUGCGUGCCUUCGCCAACCAAUCGGCGGAGGAAAAGAAGCGGCAGUUGGAGGAGCUUCGCCGCAUUGUGUGGGGAAUACGGCUGUACAACAAGGCAGAGGGGCGUAGCGCUGGCCCCGGCCUCGUGGUGCUCCGCGAGGUGGCAGAGUCGUCGCUGUCGGCGCUCGACAAGCGCAUCGAACAGGAGCUGCAGACCGCCGCCGCCUCUUGUGCGGACUACGUGGCGUUUCUGCGCUCGCCAUCGGCGCCGCUCGGCAGCCCGGAGCGGCAGACGCUGCGAGAGGAGUACCACCGACAACUGCAGGUGCUACUCAACCUGCGCCUCGCGCGACAGCGGCUGCAGGAGCUUGGCGGGCGUCUGCACGGUGAGCUGCUCCCCGCAUAUGACGCCUCGCUGGCAGACCUCAAGGCGGUGCUCGGCAACACGGCAAUGCGCUCCGACGGGGUCACGCUCCGCAGCAGUGUGCCGAAGCGGGCGGUGUACCCAAAGUUCAUCGCCCUCGCCGACGUCUACGACGAGGCAGAGCGCAGCUUCGACGGCUUCGACGAAGUGCGAGCGCUGCUCGAUUUGUCGCUGUCGCUCGGCACCGUGUCGGCGCCGUCGCUGCCGCCGACGCUUCUUGAAGAGACCGUCGCCGUCCAGAAGGAUGACGCGCCGGCCGACCACGACGCCACCGCAGCGCACAUCGCCGCACUCGGCGCUGACGCAUCGCUGACGUAUGUCACGGACGCCUCGGCGCUGCGGCA